AUGCAAAGCCAGCUGACGGCCAGGCACCAUAUGAGGGUUAACGGUCAGGAGAGGGUCACCAAAACACAUGACAGUCUCCAGGAGAGGGUCACCAAAACAUAUGACAGUCUCCAGGAGAGGGUCACCAAAACAUAUGACAGUGUCCAGGAGAGGGUCACCAAAACAUAUGACAGUCUCCAGGAGAGGGUCACCAAAUCAUAUGACAGUCUCCAGGAGAGGGUCACCAAAACAUAUGACAGUCUCCAGGAGAGGUUCACCAAAACAUAUGACAGUCUCCAGGAGAGGGUCACCAAAACAUAUGACAGUCUCCAGGAGAGGGUCACCAAAACAAAUGACAGUCUCCAGGAGAGGGUCACCAAAACAUAUGACAGUCUCCAGGAGAGGGUCACCAAAAUACAUGACAGUCUCCAGGAGAGGGUCACCAAAACAUAUGACAGUCUCCAGGAGAGGGUCACCAAAACACAUGACAGUCUCCAGGAGAGGGUCACCAAAACAUAUGACAGUCUCCAGGAGAGGUUCACCAAAACAUAUGACAGUCUCCAGGAGAGGGUCACCAAAACAUAUGACAGUCUCCAGGAGAGGGUCACCAAAACAUAUGACAGUCUCCAGGAGAGGUUCACCAAAACAUAUGACAGUCUCCAGGAGAGGGUCACCAAAACAUAUGACAGUCUCCAGGAGAGGGUCACCAAAACAUAUGACAGUCUCCAGGAGAGGGUCACCAAAAUACAUGACAGUCUCCAGGAGAGGGUCACCAAAACAUAUGACAGUCUCCAGGAGAGGGUCACCAAAACACAUGACAGUCUCCAGGAGAGGGUCACCAAAACAUAUGACAGUCUCCAGGAGAGGUUCACCAAAACAUAUGACAGUCUCCAGGAGAGGGUCACCAAAACAUAUGACAGUCUCCAGGAGAGGGUCACCAAAACAUAUGACAGUCUCCAGGAGAGGGUCACCAAAACAUAUGACAGUCUCCAGGAGAGGGUCACCAAAAUACAUGACAGUCUCCAGGAGAGGGUCACCAAAACAUAUGACAGUCUCCAGGAGAGGGUCACCAAAACACAUGACAGUCUCCAGGAGAGGGUCACCAAAACAUAUGACAGUCUCCAGGAGAGGUUCACCAAAACAUAUGACAGUCUCCAGGAGAGGGUCACCAAAACAUAUGACAGUCUCCAGGAGAGGGUCACCAAAACAUAUGACAGUCUCCAGGAGAGGGUCACCAAAACAUAUGACAGUGUCCAGGAGAGGGUCACCAAAACAUAUGACAGUCUCCAGGAGAGGGUCACCAAAACAUAUGACAGUCUCCAGGAGAGGGUCACCAAAACAUAUGACAGUCUCCAGGAGAGGUUCACCAAAACAUAUGACAGUCUCCAGGAGAGGGUCACCAAAACAUAUGACAGUCUCCAGGAGAGGGUCACCAAAACAUAUGACAGUCUCCAGGAGAGGGUCACCAAAACAUAUGACAGUCUCCAGGAGAGGGUCACCAAAACAUAUGACAGUCUCCAGGAGAGGGUCACCAAAAUACAUGACAGUCUCCAGGAGAGGGUCACCAAAACAUAUGACAGUCUCCAGGAGAGGGUCACCAAAACAUAUGACAGUCUCCAGGAGAGGGUCACCAAAACAUAUGACAGUCUCCAGGAGAGGGUCACCAAAACAUAUGACAGUCUCCAGGAGAGGGUCACCAAAACACAUGACAGUCUCCAGGAGAGGGUCACCAAAACAUAUGACAGUCUCCAGGAGAGGUUCACCAAAACAUAUGACAGUCUCCAGGAGAGGGUCACCAAAACAUAUGACAGUCUCCAGGAGAGGGUCACCAAAACAUAUGACAGUCUCCAGGAGAGGGUCACAAAAACACAUGACAGUCUCUAG